AAUAAUAUUAAAUUGUAUACAAUAUUGUGCCACAAGAUGGCAGUGUUUUAAAAGACACCCUCUAGUCUAGUGAUUCCCAACCUUUUUCUUUCCUUCACCAUACUGAAUUUUCUCCUGCCCUCAUGUCCGCCCAAGAACAGAAUUCUCUCAGGAUUCGGUUAUACUAUAAACGAUACGCACGGGUUAUGGCACACGAAAUGAACUGGAAAAAGCGAGAAGAGAAGUCCUACUAAAACCGGAUUCUGCGCCUCCGUUAUACCAAGUUGUCAACAAGGAAACAUGCAUCAGCCAUAAUAAUACAUUUGCUUUUAAUCAAAUAUGAGUUUGCAUUUCCAACUUGAUUUUAGCAAAAGCAAUCUACUUUGCGUGGGAAAGCGCAUAAUGCUCAAACUCGCCCGGUUUCUCGCUCACGUGAACCGGCGAAAAACGGACCAAUUCCGGGACAGCUAAACCGAAUACAGUCAAACAAUCCCUCCUUCUCACUUUUCGUCCAAUGAACAGUGACGUUAUCUUUUGUUGUUAAACGUGCAGAACUGACGUAGAAACUCAGCAAUUCGGGGUACGAGCGAUCGACUUGAGUCAAUCAAAAAGAUGGAGGUAGAGCAGCUCCUCUCUCUCUCAGGCCCGGCCUUGGCCCAGGCUGUCAGUUCCCUGCUGGAGACGCCAGGUCUCUAUGUUUUUUCAGACAUCCUGGAGCUGCCCAACGUCAGAGAGCUGGAGACGGGCCCUCAUGCACCAGUGUAUCAGCUCCUCAACCUCUUCGCCUAUGGGACCUACUGCGACUAUAAAGAGAGGGCAGCCUCUCUCCCCGAGUUGACCCCAGCCCAGAGGAACAAACUCCGUCACCUCUCCAUCAUCAGCCUGGCCUCCAAUCUCAAGUGCCUGCCCUACUCCCUCCUCCUCCAGCAGCUGGAGCUGAAGAACGUGCGGGAGCUGGAGGACCUGUUGAUAGAGGCUGUCUACUGCGACAUCAUCCAGGGUAAGCUGGACCAGCGGAACCAGCAAGUGGAGGUGGACUGCAGCGUGGGCCGUGACCUGGGCCCAAACGAGCUGCCCAACAUAGCCAACACACUGCAGGAGUGGUGUUCGGGGUGUGAGGCCGUCCUGUGUGGCAUCGAGGAGCAGGUGUCCAGAGCAAACCUGUACAGAGAGAGCCAGCUGAAGGUCAAAGUUCAGGUGGAGACCGAGGUCUCAAACCUCCAGAAAACGCUAAAGGCCAGCUCCGCCUCCCCCUCAUCCGGCCCUGCCGCCGCAGGAGCAGCAUCCAAUCAGGACGCAGACCAGCCGGCCGAGCCCCGAGACCCCGCCUCCUCUCAGGAGCCACGGCAACCGGGCAAGAAGAGUUCAAAGGUCAAAGGGCUCCGUGGCAGUGGGAAGAUCUGGUCCAAGUCCAACUGAAAGAGGAGGCUGAGGGAAUGACCAGGGACAUCGCCACCGAUCCACAGACGGACAGACGGGACGGAUCAACACAGACUCACAGACCGAUAUUGUCACACACUGUCUGACACUGACCUGUGCGUAUUCUCACACACACACACACUCAGACAGACAGACCGAUAUUGUCACACACUGUCUGACACUGACCUGUGCGUAUUCUCACACACACACACACACACACACACACACACACACACACACACACACACACACACAGACAGACCGAUAUUGUCACACACUGUCUGACACUGACCUGUGCGUAUUCUCUCUCACACACACACACACACACACACACACACACACACACACACACACACACAGACCGUCGCUCACAUAACAUGCAGACACAAACAUUCAUGUGCAGUCAAAUUAACAUAGACUGUCAGACAGACACUUGGCAGGAAGUGAUAGACUCAACACCCAUUUUGACAGGUGUGCAGAAAGACAGGCCGACUGCCCGUCUAUCUGCAUGGUGUAUAUACACAGACCCAGCUCCAUUCUGACAGACAGACAGCGUAUAAUCUGCAAUGGGCAGGAUGUCUCUGGGCUAUCGAGAGCAGCACCCAGAAGCAGAGAAACCGAAUGUGUGUAUUUGAUGUGUGUGUAUGUGUGUGUACUCUUGUUAUAACACUUUUUGUUUUGGUUGUUUGAUGGUCCAUGUUUUAAUUUCUGCUGAGGAUUGAGUUAAGCUGUGUAUAAAAUCAGGAUAUUAAUUAAUUGUUGGUAAUAAAUUGAGCUCUAUUUAG